AUGGAUAUGUUCACUUUUGCUCUUGGUUUUCUAAUAUUAGCAUGUGGUUUAAUUCAUUGGUAUACUCGACAAGUUCAGCAACAAGUAAAAGAUUCAAAUUAUCGUAGUUUCCAACAAACUUAUUUGAUUGUUUAUCUGUUAGCUGUCGCUGGUGAUUGGCUUCAAGGACCUCAUGUAUAUGCAUUAUACGAAAGUUAUGGUAUACAAAAGCAUGAAAUCGAAGUACUCUUUAUUGCUGGCUUUGGCUCAUCAAUGAUAUUUGGCACGAUUGUUGCUUCACUUGCUGAUAAAUAUGGAAGAAGAAACACCUGUAUAGUUUAUGGUAUUCUUUAUGGCAUGUCAUGUGUAACCAAGCAUUUUCCAAACUUUUACAUUUUAUUUGUCGGACGAUUACUUGCUGGUAUGGCUACAUCGAUUUUAUUUAGUGCUUUUGAAUCAUGGUUAGUUAACGAACACCGCCGAAGAAAUUUUGAACCAGACACAUUAGGCAUUAUUUUUGCUAAUGCAUAUUUUGGUAAUUCCGUGGUGGCUAUUCUAUCGGGAAUCGUUGCACAACUCGUCGCAAAUAAUUUUGGCUAUGUAGCUCCAUUUGAUAGUGCUAUACUUUCGUUUAUUGCAAUGUGUAUAUUAUUGAUAACUACCUGGUCAGAAAACUAUGGUGAUGCUAACGCACCAAUAUCUCAAUCAUUUAUCUCUGCUUGGACUGCAAUUAAAUCUGAUAAAAAAAUAUUUCUUCUUGGCGUUGUUCAAGCUUUAUUCGAAGCAUCUAUGUACGUUUUUGUACUUGAAUGGACUCCAGCAUUAACCCAAGCAUUAAAUAAUGCAAAUAUUAAUAAAACCGAUAACAAAAAUCCACCGAUUCCACAUGGAUUUGUAUUUGCUAGUUAUAUGGUUGCUAUGAUGAUGGGAUCGAAUUCAUUCAAACUUUUCUGCAAUUACGCAACACCAGAAUCAUUUAUGAGAUCAAUCGUUUCUGUCUCAGCUUUAUGUAUGUGCGUACCAGUAUUUAUGCCAAAUGAUCAAGCUAUUAUGUUUGUCGCAUUCUUAGUCUUCGAAUUUUGCAUCGGUGUCUUUUGGCCAGCAAUGGCAACAAUGCGUAGUAAAUAUGUACCUGAAGAAGCUCGCGCUACUGUGAUGAACUAUUUUCGAAUUCCAUUGAAUUUGAUUGUCGUUAUUAUUCUUCUUAAAGACUUUCAUUUGAAAGUUAUAUUUAGCAGUUGUGUACUCUUUUUGGUUCUUGCUGCAAUUAGUAUGGUUUUAUUACACAAAUUAACAUUGCAUAUAAAACAAGCAUCGUCGCUUGCUAAUGUAUUAACUAUUCCGCAACACGGUAUAAAAUCAGCGCCAACUGAGGAUGCUGAUGGACAUCAAACUGAAGUUUAG